GUAAAUGAUGGCUCAUUAAUACUCGUGGAUGUAAAUAUCCAGGAAUUCCAAACUUUUAUUCUUACUGUAUUUGUGGGUAUUCAACACUUCCUUUUCAUUGCUACGCACCAUCAUGGGUUCCGGUCCCCCUUCAUUUUUCGGCGGCGUCACUUAUACGCCACCUGAUGCUAUAUUUGAGCUCACAAAAACGUAUAACGCCGAUCCAGAUAUUCGAAAAGUAAACCUCGGGCAAGGGACUUACAAAGAUGAGAAUGGAAACCCAUGGAUUUUGCCAGCAGUGCAAGCGGCUAAAGAGAAGAUUAAGGAAGCUAAUCAUGAAUAUCUUCCGAUCUUGGGGCUUGGGUCAUUUCGUACUUUGGCUACGGAGUUAGUAUUUGGAAAGGCGUCUUCGGCAGUCCAAGAAAGAAGGGUUGCAUCCUGUCAGGCCUUGUCAGGCACAGGUGCGCUGCACGUCGCAGGAAAAAUGCUAUACAAAGCACUCGGAAGGAAAACCACAGUCUACAUUACCAAACCCAGUUGGUCAAACCAUCGACAGGUGUUUGAGUCAGUAGGGUUUCCAGUACAGGAAUUCGUAUAUUCCUCGGAUAGUACGAACGGAGUAGACAUGUCUUCAUUUCUUAAGACUCUUAAGGACGCGGCCCCUAAAUCAAUACUUGUCCUCCAUGCUAGCGCACACAAUCCAACUGGGUGGGAUCCCACACCAGAGCAGUGGAAAGCCAUUGGUGUGGUCGUCAAGGAACGACAACUCUUUCCCCUGUUUGAUGCUGCUUAUCUCGGAAUGACCUCUGGAGACUACGACAAAGAUGCUUUUGCUAUUCGAUAUUUUGUCGAGGAAUUGUCUCUUGAGGUAGGCGUAUGUCUUUCCUUCGCUAAAAGUAUGGGUCUUUACGGCGAGCGUGUCGGUCUAUGUGCAUUUGUUUCCCAAACUAGCACUGCUACUGAAGCAGUUGAGUCAGCACUGGCGCAACUGAUUCGGGUGGAAAUCUCCAAUCCACCUGCUUUUGGUGCGCGUAUUGUGGCCGCUGUCCUUGCAGAUGAAGAAAUUCGUGCGGAGUGGGCUCGAAACUUGGUCACCAUGAGUUCCCGAAUAGCAGAGAUGAGGUGGCAGUUGUAUGAGGGACUAAAUCAAUUGGGUACUCCUGGAGACUGGAAACGCAUUACAGAGCAAAAAGGCAUGUUUUGCAUACUAGGGUUGACUCCAGAUCAAGUUCUUCAUUUGCAAAAGGAACAUCAUAUCUAUAUGGCUGAAAGCUCAAGAGUAUCUAUUGCCGGGCUUAAUUGGAGUAAUGUUAAAUAUGUAGCGGAUUGCAUAGAUACAACGAUAAGGGGAUAGGAUAUGUCUUUGUUCUCUUUCAUUGGAUUCUUUUUGCUUUGAUUGAUUUUUUAUCUCUAGUUCUGCAUAUUUCGUUUUAAUAGACAAACUCGGUGUCAAGUAGAUUGGUGUCCGUAAUGAUUCUAGAAAGUUUUCUUGGAAUUGAUUGAUCUUUCAGGGUGUUC